GCGUACUGUAUAACUACAUCUGGAACAACCAGUGCCCCUAAAAUUGUUUCUGUUCCUCAUAGGUGUAUUGUUUCUAAUCUACUAGCUCUUAGAGAGAUAUUUUCAGUGUCACCAGAAGAUUGUUUGUUUCUGGCCUCCCCAUUAACAUUUGAUCCGUCUAUAAUAGAGUUGUUUAUUAGUAUAAUUAGUGGAGCUAGUAUAUUAAUAGUACCUGACUAUAUCAAACAGAUACCUGAUAGGUUAUUAGAUAUAUUAUACCAUAGAAACUCUAUCACUAUUCUACAGGCAACCCCAUCACUGUUAUAUCAGUUUAAAUCUAGUGAACUAAAAAGAACUCUACUAGGAAACAAUACCAGUUUACGUAUAUUAGCUCUAGGAGGUGAAGAGUUUCCACCAAUAUCAGUUGUUAACCAAUGGAAAGAUCCAGGUUGUCCUGUAGAGUUUUAUAAUCUCUAUGGUAUAACUGAAGUUUCCUGUUGGUCUAAUUGUUACCAUGUAACUGCUGAAGAUUAUAAAUUAAAACUGAAAAAUGUACCUAUUGGUGAACCAUUAAAUGGAAUAGAGGUGAAAGUCACUAAUAAAGAUGGAGAAAAGAUAAGACAGGGAGAAGGAUUAUUAUGGAUUGGUAUUAAAGAAAGAGUAUGUGAUAUAAAUAAUGAAAGAAGAGAUAUAAAUAAUAAAGGAGAUAUAAGUAAUAAAGAUAUAAUAUGGAGAUGUACAGGAGAUAUUGUUAGGAUAUUAAACAACAGUCAUAUUAUAUAUCUCUAUAGAACUGAUACUCAGAUAAAAAGACAGGGUAAAAGACUAGACCUUUCUACAAUACAGUCAUGUGUAAUGGAAGUUGAUGAUAUUAAACAGUGUUAUGUUAUUUAUGAUGAGAAUAAACUAUGGGUAUUUAUUGUGUCAGAGAUGGUAAACGAGCUGGAGACUAUAGUUCUGUCUUAUAUACAGAAUAAAUUACCACUUUAUUACCAUCCUGAUUGUGUUAGAGAUAUUCAGUCUUUACCACUUACAUCUCACGGUAAAAUCAAUAGAAAGAAAUUACUAAAAAUAAUGCAUGAAGAGAGUAGGAACAUCAAAAUACCAACAACAUUAUGUGAGUUGACAAAAUGGCUAAAGAAUUUGUGGCAGAAACAUAUAAGUUUGGUUGAUCAAUGUAAAGAAGAUAUAACUAUAGAAGAUUCUAGUUAUUUUAUAAUGUUAGGUGGUAACUCAUUACAAGCUGUUUAUCUUACUGACUAUAUACAGUCUGCAUUACACAGUAGACAUCCAGUUAUAUUGGACUGCUUAUUGAACAAAAAUUUCUCUCAAAAUAUACACUGCUUGUACGACAUUAUCAAUAUUUACAUUGGAUUAGAUGAGAUAUCUACACAGAAACAUAAUGGUUCUGUUAUUGAAAACAGUAAUCCUAAGAAGCAGAAACUAGAAAAAGAUGGUUUGGGAUUCAGGAAUGGUAAAGACGAUUCUGGUAAUCAUCGAUCUAAUUUUGAAUACUUCAUCUGUCGAGGAAACAGAACAUAUCAGUGUGCUACAAGUUCUUUACAGCAUGGAAAGAUGAAGUCUUGUUGCAAUCAACACAAUAAACAUGUUUCCAAUUUAUACAAAUGUUCAGAUUGUGAUACAGACUCAAGUGAGUUCUACAAAGAAAACUCGGGUCUUCGAGAAUCUCAGAUUAUCAAGAAUAAUGGUGAUAUGAAACCUAAAAUAGAAUUACAAUCAUUGUGGAAAUAUGAUACAGGCAAAUGUGUGGAUUCUUCUCCUUGUGUUUCUGCAAGAAGUGAUGGUAGUAGUGUAGUUUUUAUUGGUUCACAUUCCCAUAAGUUUACAGCUCUAGAUGUUAACAAUGGUGAUAUAAUAUGGGAAAUAUAUCUUGGUGAUAGAAUAGAAUCGUCACCCUGUCUAUCUAACUGUGGUACAUUUGUUAUUGUUGGUUGUUACGAUGGUAUGUUAUAUAUUAUUAAUGUUAAUAAUGGUGAUAUAAAAUGGAGGUUUCAAACAGGAAGUCAUAUCAAAUCAUCACCAGUUUUAGAUCCUCUAACAUCAUUCAUUGUAUUUGGGUCACAUGAUCAAUGUCUGUAUGCUGUUGAUAUAGAUAAAGAGGAAUGUAAAUGGAAGUGUGCUGUAAACAAUGGAAGUCUAUUCUCUACACCUCUGAUAUAUAAUAAUACAGUUUAUAUUGGUACAUUAGGUGGUCAGUUAUUAGCUAUUAACACGGAUGAUGGUAGUAUAAAAUGGAGGUUAGACGUCAACAAGCCAAUAUUCAGUUCACCAUGUUAUUUAUAUAACAGUAUUAUUGUGGCCUCUGUUAAUGGGUACAUCUAUUCUGUUUCUUUAACAGGAAAUGUGAUGUGGACAUUCCAAACCAACGCACCGAUAUUCUGUUCACCUGUUAUAUCAGAGUGCAGACAAAAUAAAUGUGUCAUUAUUGGUUCCCAUGACAAUCAUCUUUAUUGCCUUAACCAAAGUGGGCAGCUCAACUGGAAAUUCAAAUCGUCCAGUCAUAUUUAUUCUACACCUUUUGUGUAUUCAACAUCAACUAGACUUGAACAUUCCAGCCAAAAUGCCUCAACAAAUGGUGAUCUCAAUAUCAUAUCUGUCUCUACUGGUGAAGUACUGUACAGUAUUCAGUUACCAGGAGAAUUAUUCAGUUCUCCUGUCAUUUAUCAAAAUAAGCUAUUAAUAGGUUGUCGAGAUAAUCAUCUUUAUUGCUUUCAAAUUGAGCAUGAGUUAAAAUAA